GGGGGGGGGGAGCGAAGCCAAGCCAAGCCAGGAGCAUCGUCCGAGCUGGCUCAGCGAAAUCCAGAGAGCGGUGCCAAAGAUGUGGCUGGCGUCCAGGUCACUGGGCCGUUUCGCUUCGAUGUGACCGGCUGAGACGUCCCUCACCCGCACACCCAGGAGGCCCCCACUUCUGACAACGAGGCUGAAGGCCCCCCGAAGGAUGACCUCGCUCCUGGAGAUGAAGGAGGUCUUCCUCAGUGCCGACGCCGUCUGCUUUGACGUGGACAGCACCGUCAUCCGGGAGGAAGGCAUCGAUGAGCUGGCCAAGUUCUGCGGCGUGGGGGACGCCGUGGCAGAAAUGACUCGCAGAGCGAUGGGCGGGACGGUGACCUUCAAGGCAGCUUUAACGGCUCGGCUGGGACUCAUCCGCCCUUCCUAUGAGCAAGUGCAGAAAUUAAUAUCUGAGCACCCACCUCAGUUAACGCUGGGAAUCAGGGAAUUGGUCAGCCGGCUCCAGCAGCGAGGGGUCCAGGUCUUCUUGAUCUCCGGCGGCUUCCAGAGCAUCGUGGACCACGUGGCGUCCCAGCUGAACAUCCCAACAGCCAACGUGUAUGCCAACAGGUUGAAGUUCUACUUUAAUGGGGAAUACGCCGGCUUCGACGAGAUGCAGCCGACGGCCGAGUCGGGCGGCAAAGGGCAGGUGAUCAGUUACCUGAAGGAGCAGUUCCAGUUUAAGAAGGUGGUCAUGAUCGGAGAUGGCGCCACGGACAUGGAAGCCUGCCCGCCCGCAGACUGCUUCAUUGGCUUCGGAGGCAACGUAGUCCGAAAGCAAGUCAAGGAGAAGGCAAAAUGGUACAUCACCCACUUUGAUGAGCUGCUGAAAGAACUGGAGGAGCGAUAAAUUAUGAGUCCAACUAGUCUUAUUUUAUUAACCCUCGUCCUAGCUAGGUGUAUAACUAUGCAAUUAAACGUCUUGUUAUUUGCGAA